ACCUCCCAUCCCAUAUAUAUAUUCAUUCAAUUUUCAAAAAAGUAUUUAUAUAAAGUGAGCUCUUUGAUGAAGAACCCAUAUGACAACUUGGCCUAAAAACUCAUCUUUUUUAACAAGUUUUUUCAACCUUGAAAGUGUUUUUAGAAGAUGGAGAAGCUCUCUAGUCAUGAACAAGAAGAUGAUCAAAUGGAUAUGCCACCGGGAUUCCGAUUUCAUCCAACAGAUGAAGAAUUAAUCACUCAUUAUCUUUCGAAGAAAGUCUUGGAUCACAGUUUUUUUGCUAAAGCAAUUGGAGAGGUGGACAUGAAUAAAAUCGAGCCAUGGGACUUGCCUAGAAUGGCGAAAAUGGGAGAAAAAGAGUGGUACUUCUUUUGUCUUAGGGAUAAAAAGUACCCAACUGGAUUGAGGACAAAUAGAGCAACUGCGGCAGGUUAUUGGAAAGCCACCGGAAAAGAUAAGGAGAUAUUUCGAGGGAGAUUGCUUGUUGGAAUGAAGAAAACUUUAGUUUUCUACAUGGGCAGGGCUCCCAAAGGAGAAAAAACAGAUUGGGUAAUUCAUGAAUAUAGACUAGAGGGUAAAUUCUCUAUGCAAAACUUGCCUAAAUCAGCCAAGAAUGAAUGGGUGAUUUGUCGUGUGUUUCACAAAUCAGCAGAUGGAAAGAAAGUCCACAUUUCCGGGCUUAUGAGGAUGGAUUCGGGUUGUCUUGCUGCUUCUCUGCCACCAUUAAUGGACUCUCUGCCAUCUUUUGGAGGCAGGAUCACUAGCCCAAAUAUAUCCGAGUCUAUUCGCGUACCCUGCUUCUCCAAUCUUAUUGAUAUUCACACAACCCAAAAAACCAUGAUCAAUAGUUUCAUCAACAAUCCACUUUUCCCAUUCGACCCGAACACAAAUUUAUUGCCCGAAAGCCAUUCUGAUCCAAAUAUGCGUCAAUUUCCUUCUAGCUCACCAUUUCCUGUUCAUGAUCAAGCAAUCUUAAGAGGUUUGAUAGGUUCUUACAGUCACGGGUUGAAGAUGGAGGCAGAGCUGGCAACUGGGCCACAUGAAACAGGGCCGGGCUCGGAGGAAAACAUUAUGAUUUCGCCGAAUCUUGAAAAGGGUAAACGAGGAAUUCAAGAUCAAGAAGCCCCAUCAACUUCAACUGGGCCAAUUGAUUUGGAUUGUUUAUGGAAUUAUUGAAAUCAAUAAUUAUCAACAAAUAAGUUUGUUACUCAAGAUAGAAUGAACAGAUGCAUAAUGGUUUGUGUGUUUGAUGCUGAAAUCUUGAAAUGGGUUGGAUUAAAACAAACAUUAUAAGAUGAUGAAGAUCUAAAGAAGAAUAUAAGAAAUUAUUAUUAUUAUACAUAAGAUAAGAUGAUAGUAGUUGUUUUUGUAAUUUAUGAGGUGAUUAUAGUUAUAA